AUGCCAGUGAGCGGGUUUCGUACGCCAUACUUGACCUCUGGAAGGUGGAAUGAUGCCGGGAGGUUAGGUGACAUGUACGGGAUCACGAAGCUCGACAAGGAGGUUUCUGCGGAUGGUCCAUUCGCCGAUGGCGGCUGUGACAUUUUUGACGACCCUUACGACCCAUACCCUUCGUGGAACUUGGCCGAUGAGGUCCCCGUCACGCGUUCCGAUAUCGAAUCCGUCUUUCUCCAAUUAACGCACAUUUUUGGCUUCCAGAUGGACAACACGAGAAAUAUGUUUGAUCACUUUUUGAGGUUGUUGGAUUCCAGAAGUUCCCGCAUGAGUGCUCACCAGGCCUUGCGUUCGUUGCAUGCCGACUACAUCGGCGGCUUGAACGCCAACUUCAAGAAAUGGUAUUUUGCCGCCCAGUUGGAUGUAGACGACACCAUCGGUUACGCCAAUGCCAAGGAGACGGGGGCCCCCAAGGAUGUUUUCGGUAUUCGAUCCGCCGGGUUCGACGAAGGCUUUUCGAUGGAUAAGACCGAAAUUCUCUGGAACAAGAACAUGGCCGGCUUACUCCCAGCCGACUGUGUGACCCAAGUCGCGUUGUACUUGUUGUGCUGGGGAGAGGCUAAUAAUGUCAGAUUCAUGCCAGAAUGUCUCUGUUUCAUUUUUAAGUGCUGCAAUGAUUACUUCUACUCACUCGACUUGUCACAAGCCGAAGCCUUGCCCCAGUGCACCCCGAGCUUUCUCGACCAUGCCAUCACGCCGUUGUACGAGUUCUACCGUGACCAGUCAUACGAGUUGGUGAACGGCGUGUAUCGCAACCGCCCAAAAGACCACAAGAAUGUGAUUGGCUACGACGAUAUGAACCAACUAUUCUGGUACAGAAAGGGGUUAGAGCGGUUAUACUUGAAAGACCAGAAAGUACAACUAAUGUCUUUGGCACCACACGAACGGUAUUCACAGCUCAGCAACUUGAAUUGGAAGAAGGCGUUUUACAAGACGUACAGCGAGAAACGCAGCUGGUUCCACGCCCUUGUUAACUUCAACCGUAUCUGGAUCAUCCACGUCUCCGUCUUCUGGUACUAUACGUCGCUCAACGCUCCGACGCUCUAUGUGUCAAACUACCAGCAGUCAUUGAACACCCAGCCCACAGUCCAAGCCAAGUUAUCAGCCAUGUCUCUUGCCGGAGCUAUUGCUUCCCUCAUUAACAUAUUUGCCACGUUCUUUGAGUACUCUUUUGUCCCACGAAAAUGGACCGGGGCACAGGGUUUGGUGAAGCGGGUUGUUCUCUUAGUGUUGGUGUUUUUGCUCAACCUCCUCCCAUCCAUAUAUCUUUUGUUUCUCACACCGUUGAGGUCGGAAACCAGUCAUGGCUUGGCAAUUUCCAUUUCCCAGUUUGUGUUCUCGAUUCUCACCACCAUCUACUUCUCCAUCACCCCACUCAGUGACUUGUUUGGUGGGCAUCGCGGGUCGUCAUCUCGGAAGUAUCUCCCAAACAAGACCUUCACUGCUUCCUUUUCCAAGUUGAACCUGAAGGACAAGCUUGCUUCAUGUGGGCUUUGGAUUGCCGUUUUCACCGCCAAGUUCCUCGAGUCGUACGUGUUUCUCACGCUUUCGUUCAGAGAUCCCAUUCGGGAGUUGAGUAUCAUGCAAAUGCGGCGGUGUGUCGGGGAGCUGUUUUUUGGAGAUGCGCUUUGCCGCUACCAGCCAGUGAUUCUUCUCGCCUUGAUGGCCUUGACCGAUUUGGUAUUGUUCUUCCUUGACACAUACUUGUGGUAUAUUGUCUGGAACACCAUCUUUUCAGUCUGUCGGUCGUUCUACAUCGGAGUGUCGAUUUGGACCCCCUGGAGAAACAUAUUCUCGCGAUUGCCAAAGCGAAUCUUCUCCAAGGUCAUCGCUACGAGCGAUCGAAACGUCAAGGCCAAGGUGUUGGUGUCCCAAAUCUGGAACUCGGUUAUCAUCUCCAUGUAUCGUGAACAUUUACUAUCCAUGGAGAUGGUGCAGCGGCUAAUCUACCAUCAGACGAUCACUCCGGGGGUGGAAGGGGGAGUAAUUUUGAAGGAACCCACGUUCUUUGUGUCGCAGGAAGACCAGUCACUCCAAUCGUCAUUAUUUGAGUCCAUCGGAGAAGCCCAGAGACGAAUCACGUUCUUUGCUCAAUCGCUCUCCACUCCCAUGCCCGAGGCGCUACCAACCGAGCAAAUGCCAACCUUUACCGUUUUGAUUCCCCACUACAGCGAAAAGAUCACCUUGUCCUUGAGGGAAAUCAUCAAGGAAGAAGACCAGUACAGUAGUGUGACCCUUUUGGAAUACUUGAAGCAGCUUCACCCCGUAGAGUGGGAGAAUUUUGUCAGUGACACUAAGCUGUUGGCCCAGGAGAGCUUCCAAUCUCCAGGUACAUACGAAGAACUUGGCAUCAAGGAAAAGCAGGAUGAUUUGCCGUUCUACAGCGUGGGGUUCAAAGUGGCCACUCCAGAAUAUGUCUUGAGAACUCGUAUUUGGGCCUCGUUGAGAUCGCAAACGUUGUAUAGGACCAUCUCGGGCUUCAUGAAUCACUCACGUGCGAUCAAAUUGCUUUUUGAUGUGGAGAACCCUGACAUCGGAGACUUUGGAGGAAGCGAACAGAGGAAGCUCGAGGAGGCGUCGAUCAUGGCGCUAAGGAAGUUUCGAUUAAUCGUUUCGAUGCAGAGAAUGAGCGACUUCACGACCGAAGAAGAGGAGAGCAAAGAGUUUUUGUUGAGAGCCUACCCUGAGUUGCAGCUUGCCUUCAUUGAGAAGGAAGUAUCUUUGGAAACGGGCGAAACCACGUACCACUCUUCGCUCGUGGACGGUAGCUGUGAGAUUUUAGGAAACGGUAAGCGAAAGCUGAAGUACCGUAUCCGGUUGUCAGGGAACCCGAUUCUCGGUGAUGGUAAGUCGGACAACCAGAACCACGCGAUCAUCUUCUGUCGCGGUGAAUACAUACAGUUGGUUGACGCUAACCAGGACAACUACUUGGAGGAAUGCUUAAAGAUCAGAAGUCUCUUGGCCGAGUUUGAGGAAAUGAGCAUCCCUGAUGAUUUAUACGACCCCGAAAAUAGCUCUACUUCGUAUACCACCCCCGUGGCCAUCAUCGGUACCCGAGAAUACAUCUUCUCUGAGAACAUUGGAAUUCUCGGAGACGUCGCAGCAGGAAAGGAACAGACAUUCGGUACGUUGUUUGCCAGAACCUUGGCCCAAAUUGGAGGUAAAUUACACUACGGCCAUCCGGAUUUUUUGAACAGUAUCUUCAUGAAUACUAGAGGGGGGGUUUCCAAGGCUCAAAAGGGAUUACAUCUCAAUGAGGACAUUUACGCGGGAAUGAACGUACUACUUAGGGGUGGAAGGAUCAAGCAUUGCGAAUAUAUCCAAUGUGGUAAAGGGCGAGAUCUUGGGUUUGGGUCUAUUUUGAACUUUACCACAAAGAUUGGCGCGGGUAUGGGAGAGCAAAUGCUCUCCCGGGAAUACUUCUACUUGGGAACGCAGCUUCCACUUGAUCGGUUCCUUUCUUUCUAUUAUGCGCACCCUGGCUUCCAUUUGAACAAUGUGUUCAUAAUUUUGUCAGUGAAGUUACUCUUGGUGGUGUGCGUAAAUCUUGCAGUGUUGACCAAGGACUCGGUAAUCUGUGAGUAUGAUCGCAACAAGCCCAUUACCGACCCCCACCGACCUCCAGGCUGUUACAAUUUGAUCCCGAUUGUGGAGUGGUUUGAGAGGUGCAUUCUCUCCAUCUUUAUCGUUUUUGCGAUUUCCUUUGUGCCUCUAUGUGUCCAGGAAGUCAUGGAGCGGGGUGUCUGGCGAGCGUUGUCGAGACUCGGUAAACACUUUGCAUCGUGCUCGCCGUUGUUUGAAGUUUUUGUUUGCAAAAUCUAUGCCACCUCCUUGCUCAAUGAUUUGGCAGUUGGAGGUGCUAGGUAUAUUGCCACGGGCAGAGGGUUUGCCACGGUUCGAGUCCCGUUUUCGGUGCUAUAUUCGAGAUUUUCCUCGGAGAGCAUGCAUUUUGGCGCUAUCGCCUUUCUCAUGAUCGUCUUUUGCUCACUUUCUAUGUGGAAAUUGUCAUUACUCUACCUAUGGAUAACAAUCAUUGCUCUUUUGAUCUGUCCCUUCCUUUACAACCCAAAUCAGUUUUCCUGGAACGAAUUCUUCAUCGACUAUAAACAUUUCUUGGUGUGGUUGGCGAGUGGGAACACCAGCAUACGGAAGAGCAGCUGGAUCUCUUAUGUUCGUUCCGUCCGAACCCAAAUCACGGGAUCCAAAAGAAAGCAACUAGGAAAGCCAGGAGAUAAUUUGGCAUCAGACUUUAGAAAGCCCUCAGCCGUCAGCCUCUUGGUUUCCGAUCUCGGGCCCCACGCCAUCACCACUAGCUUGGUGAUUAUCGCUUAUUUGUUUUCAAACUCUCAAAAUGAGGUGCGGAAUGCAGACCGGGCAAACUCCAUCAUGCGCUUAGCUUUCGUGUCGGUGGGGCCGAUUAUUGUGAACAUGUCGUUCUUGGUGGUUUUAUUUGUCGUAUCGUGUGUCUUGGGGCCCUUGGUAUCCGUCUGCUAUCCUCAUUUCCCCUCUACCAUUGCUUAUAUUGCCCAUGGUAUUUCAAUCUUGAAUCACGUCUUUUUUUUCGAGCUAUUAUGGCUCUUUCAGCGCUGGAACAUUUCUCGCACAAUUCUUGGUCUAUGCGCCUCGAUUAUGGUCCAGGGGUUUCUCUUUAAAGCAACCAGUGCCUUGUUCUUGACCCGGGAGUUCACUCACGACCGGUCCAAUCGUGCAUGGUGGUCUGGUAAAUGGGUCACGGCAAAUCUCGGGUGGAAUAUUCUAACCCAGCCACUCAGAGAGUACUUGUGUAAGAUCAUCGAACUCAGCUUGUUCACCAGCGAUUUCUUCUUGACCCAUUGUGUUUUGUUUGUUCAGCUCCCCAUCUUGUUUAUUCCGUGCAUUGACAGAUGGCAUUCGUUGAUGUUGUUCUGGUUAAAGCCGGGUAGGCAGAUAAGACCGCGGGUCUUUUCCUCGAAACAAAGAAGAUCUCGUAGAACCACGGUACAGAUAUACUCCUUGAUCUACCUCUGCGCAUUGAUGGCUUUUAUAAUGGUUUUUGCGGGGCCAAAGGUAAUGACCCAUUUUGAGGUGGUUGACUUUGAGCUGCUCCUUCCGGAUCUUUUAGUCCCACUUAUGCAACCACCAGAGUUGCUGAGCGACAAGAAGGGACUCCACGCUACCCAUCUCAAUACGUUCAAGGCCCGUUUGCGUAUGGAAUAG